AUGCCUCAGUUCCUGCUUUUCGCCUGCCUCUUCAUCAUAGUAACACUUGGGUCACCAAGGGCCCUAGACCCCUGUUCUGCUUACAUCAGUCUGAACGAGCCCUGGAGGAACAGCGACCACCCAUUCGAUGAGUCUCGAGGCCCCCCUCUAUGUGACAACAGUGUGGACGGGGAGUGGUACCGCUUCACAGGCAUGGCUGGGGACGCUAUGCCCACCUUCUGCAUACCAGAAAACCACUGCGGAACCCAUGCCCCUGUCUGGCUCAAUGGCAGCCACCCUCUGGAAGGUGAUGGCAUUGUGCAACGCCAGGCCUGUGCCAGCUUCAACGGCAACUGCUGCCUAUGGAACACCACUGUGGAGGUCAAGUCUUGCCCUGGAGGCUACUAUGUGUAUCGUCUGACCAAGCCCAGUGUCUGCUUUCAUGUCUACUGUGGUCAUUUUUAUGACAUCUGUGAUGAGGACUGCCACGGCAGCUGCCCGGGUACCAGUGAGUGCACAUGUGCUCCAGGAACCGUGCUAGGCCCCGACAGACAGACAUGCUUUGAUGAAAAUGAAUGUGAGCAAAACAAUGGUGGCUGCAGUGAGAUAUGUGUAAACCUCAAAAAUUCCUAUCGCUGUGAAUGUGGGGUUGGCCGUGUGCUAAGAAGUGAUGGCAAGACAUGUGAAGACAUUGAAGGAUGCCACAAUAACAAUGGUGGCUGCAGCCAUUCUUGCCUUACAGCUGAGAGAGGCUACCAGUGCGAAUGUCCCCGGGGCUUGGUGCUGUCUGAGGAUAACCACACUUGCCAAGUUCCUGUAUUCUGCAAGUCAAACACCAUCGAAGUGAGCAUCCCCAGGGACCUGGUUGGCGGUCUGGAGCUCUUCCUGACCAACACCUCCUGCCGAGGCGUGUCCAAUGGCACCCAUGUCAACAUCCUCUUCUCCCUCAAGACGUGUGGCACAGUGGUUGAUGUGGUGAACGACAAGAUCGUGGCUAGCAACCUUGUGACAGGUCUACCCAAGCAGACCCCAGGAAGCAGCGGCGACAUCAUCAUUCGAACCAGCAAACUGCUGAUUCCCGUGACCUGUGAGUUUCCACGCCUGUACACCAUUUCCGAAGGCUACGUUCCCAACCUUCGCAACACCCCGCUGGAAAUCAUGAGCCGCAGCCACGGAAUCUUCCCGUUCACUCUGGAGAUCUUCAAGGACCACGAGUUCGAAGAGCCUUACCGGGAAGCUCUGCCCACUCUCAAGUUGCGAGAUUCCCUCUACUUUGGUAUUGAGCCCCUGGUGCACGUGAAUGGCUUAGAAAGCCUGGUGGAGAGCUGCUUCGCCACCCCCACAUCCAAGAUCGACGAGAUCAUGAAGCACUACCUCAUCCAGGAUGGCUGUGUUUCAGAUGACUCAGUAAAGCAGUACACAUCCCGGGAUCACCUCGCAAAGCACUUUCAGGUCCCCGUCUUCAAGUUUGUGGGCAAAGACCACAAGGAAGUGUUCCUGCACUGCCGGGUCCUGGUCUGCGGGAUGCCGGACGAGCGUUCCCGCUGUGCUCAGGGCUGCCACCGGCGAGUGCGUCGUGAGGCAGGAGGAGAGGAUGCCAGCGGUCCACAGAGCCAGAUGCUGACGGGUGGUCCAAUCAGCAUUGACUGGGAGGACUAG